UACACUCGCUUUCUCGCUCUUCUGAACCUCUCAGUGAUAGAGCAGGGAAACAACAUGCCGGAAGUGGGGUUUCGGGAGACAGAGUUUCGGGACUCGUAACCGUGGAAAGUUUACUCUAUUAAGAAAUCUACUUUUCCCGAUAAUUAAAGCUGUUCGUAGGGUUCCUUUCACUGUUUCAUUCAUCCGCACUUUCACAAUGGGGCUCCCGGCGCUGGAAUUCAGUGAUUCUUUUCUGGACAGUCCUGACUUCAGAGAGCGACUCAAAUGCCACGAAAUUGAGCUGGAUCGUACUAAUAAAUUCAUCAAGGAACUAAUCAAAGAUGGAAAUAUGCUUAUCAGUGCGCUUAAAAAUCUAUCUGCAGCUGUGCAGAAAUUUUCCCAGUCCCUACAGGAUUUCCAGUUUGAAUGCAUCGGCGAUGCAGAGACAGAUGAUGAGAUUAACAUUGCCCAGUCAUUCAAAGAAUUCUCCCAGCUGCUGAACACGGUGGAGGAGGAAAGACGACGACUAAUACAGAACGCUGAUGACGUCUUGAUCACACCGCUGGAGAAGUUUCGCAAAGAGCAGAUUGGAGCGGCUAAAGAAGGGAAGAAGAAAUUUGACAAGGAGACAGAGAAGUAUUACACGGUUUUGGAGAAGCACUUAAGCCUGUCUUCAAGAAAGAAAGAGUCACUUUUGCAGGAGGCAGACACCCAGAUAAAUAAGGAAAGACAGAUUUUCUAUGACGCCUCCCUGGAAUAUGUUUUCAAAAUCCAAGAAGUGCAAGAAAGGAAAACGUUUGAGUUUGUAGAGCCGCUGCUGGCCUUCCUCCAGGGAUUAUUCACCUUUUACCAUGAGGGUUACGAACUGGCACAUGAGUUUGAGCCAUACAAGCAACAGCUGCAGUUCAACCUGCAGAAUACAAGAAAUAAUUUCGAGAGCACAAGACAGGAAGUUGAGAAUUUGAUGAGAAGGAUAAGGUCUGCAGAGCAGGACUUUAAAGCUCCAGGACAGUGGACCAUGGAGGGCUUCCUCUAUGUGCAGGAGAAGCGACCCUUGGGGUGCACAUGGAGUCGACAUUAUUGCACGUAUGAGAAAGGGACCAAAAUGUUUACGAUGAGCAACUCUGAAUUCAAAUCUGGAGGAAAACAGAAUGGACUGAUCAUGAGCCCCGCUGAGAUGUUUAAGCUGAAGUCCUGCAUCAGACGGAGGACUGACUCAAUUGACAAGCGAUUCUGCUUUGACAUUGAGGUGGUGGAAAGAGGUAACCCCUGUGAAGGGCUUCUGUUCAGUUAUCUGCAAUGUUUCUAUAAAGUCCAUCGACAUGGGAUCAUCACCCUUCAGGCUCUCUCUGAAUCCAACAGACGACUGUGGAUGGAGGCCAUGGAUGGAAAAGAGCCGAUUUACACUCUUCCAGCACUUCUGAGCAAGAAAGAGGAAACAUUCCUAAAUGAAGCAGGCUUUAAUUUUGUAAGGAAGUGUAUAGAGCUUGUGGAAACCAGAGGCAUCAACACAAUGGGGCUGUACAGAAUAGGUGGAGUUAACUCUAAAGUCCAGCGACUGAUGACCUCAGUAUUUGCGGCCAAAGCUCCUGCAGAUAUGGACCUUGAUCCAGACACCUGGGAUAACAAGACCAUCACCAGCGGCCUGAAGAAUUACCUCAGGUGUCUGGCAGAGCCCCUCAUGACUUACAGACUCCACAAAGACUUCAUCAUGGCAGUCAAGUCUGAUGAUCAGAACUACAGGGUCUGUGCUGUUCACGCCCUCGUCCACAAGCUCCCCGAGAAGAAUAAAGAGAUGCUGGAUAUUCUGAUAAAACAUCUACAUGUGGUUUCCACACAUAGUCAGAAGAAUCUGAUGACCGUGUCUAACCUGGGUGUGAUUUUUGGCCCAACACUCAUGCGCUCUCAAGAAGAGACAGUUGCUGCCAUGAUGAACAUCAAGUUUCAGAAUAUUGUGGUAGAGAUCCUCAUAGAAAACUACGACAAGAUAUUUCAUCAAGCUCCAGACCCUAACGUCCCUCUGCCGCAGCCUCAGUCUCACUCUCAGUCUCGUGCCAGUGCCAGUGCCCGCCGCAGCAAAGCCAUCUGCCUGUCCUCAGGGUCCCGCAAAUCCAGAGGCCUGUACCCUCCCACCCUGUGCCUAGCUGAUGCUGACAGUGACACGUUCAGCAGCAGUCCAAGUAGCACUCCCAUGGGCAGUAUGGAGUCUCUCUCGUCUCACUCUUCAGAGCAGAACAGCUGCUCUAAGACUGGCUCCCCGUCACGUACCAAACACAAGGCAUCAGGGAGUCUGUGCUGGACCACUCCAUCUCCCUCCUCCAACGGGCCCAAAAGCCCGGCUUGCACCACCAGCCCUGAUUCCAGCUCCAAAGAGGACGCCAACAAGACUGAUGGAGAAUGGGAAGAAGCGCUGAGUACAAGUCCAGGUGAUCGAAGCUCUCCAGCUUCAGAGCUCCUCCAGACAACCCUAGGAGAGACACUGGAGGAUCAUGAGGAAGAACGACACAGUCUGUCCACCUGCUCUUCUCUCACUUCACUCCACAUUUCUGAGGGUUUCAGAAGCUGUCACGGCUCUAUUCAGAGCCUGGUGUCACGCAGUCAGAGAGAUGGUCUCAAGUCCCUCAAUCUGCCAGAGCUUCCUCCUAAAGAGACGGUGAGAUACAGAGCUGACUCCUCAGCCAGCAAUGGCUACCAGAGACCGGGAUCUGUUGUGGCCUCCCGGGCAGCAAUCUUUGAGAGUCCUGUGAUUUCCCAGCGCACAACGGGAAGAGAGGCUAAAGCCUUGUAUUCCUGUCAAGCGGAGCACAGUCAUGAGCUGAACUUUCCUCAGGGGGCGCACUUCUCCAACGUGUAUCCCUCAGUGGAACCUGGCUGGCUCCAAGCGACAUAUGAUGGCAAAACCGGACUCAUCCCAGAUAAUUAUGUGGCAUUCUUCUGAUGGGGCCAGAACAGGCAAAAGCAUAGUCCAUGGUAUCCAUGGUAUUCAUUUCUGCAAAAAAAAGGGAUCAUUUAUAUGUACAUUUCUGCCUCACUGAAUGUAAAUAGUUUUUGCUUAAUAUUAUAACCAGAUCAUUAACUGUUGUAAAUAAUCAAGUUUAUUCAGAAUGUAAAUAUCACCUUUGUCCUAAAUGUAUUGUAGAUUUUAUUACCAUCUAGGUACAUGCAGUUGACUGUAUUAACACAUUUCUGUAUUUAUAUGUGGCCCUGCAUGAUGGGCUCUGAUAUUUCAAAACUGUAGACAUGAGCUCAUAACUCUCUGAUCAUUGUUGCGGUACGGCUCUGAAAGAAACUAUGGAUUUGUAUUAUAUAGAGGAAGAAUUGCACCUGUACCAUAUGCAUUAAUUAGUGACCAUAUUAAGUAGCAGAAGAUAAUGUAUUUCCCAAUGUGACAUUUGUGAAAUUCUUGGAAGUAUGUUUUAUUGACUUUCUUUUUAGUGAUGCCAAAAGUCGAAUCAUGUUUGGUAGAUGCAGGUCAUUUUUCAUUUCAGUAAUUGCUGUAUCUUUUUGGUGAAAAUGUUUUCAAAUACAUGCAAUGUUUUCCAUACAAUUUCUAAAGG